UCGCAUUUGAAAGUUUUUGGGUCACUUUCGCUACGCUCACAGUCGGCCACGAGUUCGAGAUAAAGUCUCUCUCUCUCUCUCUCUCUCUCUCUCUCUCUCUGAGAGGAGGGGCAUGGAGCAUUGGCAAUUCAAAAAUCCACACAACAGAGGGACUCGGUCACUCUUCUGCCGAGAGCAGUGAUCGAUCGGUUGAUCGAACGACAGCCGCCGAUGGAGUUGCCGAGGGAAUGCUGGGAGCUCAUCUUCUCCUUCCUCGACCACCAUCGCCACCUCGAUCCCCUCUCCCUCUCCUGCAAGCAGUUCCUCUCCAUCUCCGACAGCCUCCUCUCCUCCCUCUCUCUCACCACCCCUUCUGCUGUCCCCUUCCUCCCCUCCCUCCUGGCCCGCUUCCGCAACCUUCGCUCCCUCGACCUCUCCUCCUUCCCCGGCUCCCCCGAUCCCGUCCUCCUCCAGGUCUCCCGCUCCUGCCCCAACCUCCGCCGCCUCGACCUCUCCAACCAGCCCCGCCUCCCCGUCGACAGCCUGGCCCAGAUUGGCGAGAGAAUCAAGGGCCUCGAGGCCCUCGUGCUGUCGAGGCUGCACUUUUUGCAGAACCACGACCUGUUCGUCGUCGCCAGGCUGUUCCCCUUCCUCCAGGAGCUCGACGUCAGCUACCCCCAGCACCUCGGCCGGGCCUCCGACGAAGGGGUCUCCUUCCUCUCCCAGCGCCUCAAGGGUCUCCGCAGGGUCGACAUUUCCGGUAAUCAUUUCGUGUCCGAUCAGUCUCUCGUGCAUUUGGCCACUCACUGUGCUCUGUUGAGGGAGGUUGCCGUUAAAGACUGUACCUUCGUAACCCCGAGAGGCAUCGAUUUCUUGAUGAGCAAUUCGCCGGAUUUGGUCAGUCUGAGUGUGAGUAUCGGGAUUAGUCUUACUUACGACAUGUGGAAUCAGACAUUUCCAAAAGCUAGAGCUUUGAGUAGUCUCGAUGUUUCACAUUCGUACUUGAGCGAUGGUUUGCUUUCUUUGCUGGCCGAAGCAAAUCUUACCUUGAGGACUGUCAGUCUGUCCUAUUCGGGUGGGUUCACCUUCGAUGGGAUUUCACUGCUCUUGUCCAAGAACCGAUCAGUCGAGUCUCUGGAUCUUGAGCGGGUUUAUUUCCUUAGUGAUCAGCAUAUGAGUGAGCUGUGCAAAUUCCUUGGUAACCUAACCUUCAUAAACCUGAGCUUAUGUUCCAAGGUUGGCAAUUCGACCUUCUACAACCUUGUCAGGAGCUGUACUUUGCUACGCGAGAUCCGAAUGGAGAGAACAGGACUAGGAAAUGCGGAUUUCAUGGGUUCAGAUACGCAGUUUAUAAACUCCAAGGUUAGGUCUCUCCACUUGGCCCGGAACUAUAACUUGUGCGAUGAAUGGUGCAUCAGAGAGCUUGUGCGUGCUUGUCCAGAAUUGCAAUUCCUCGACGUGAGCCACUGCCCUGUAAUUACCGGAGCGGGCGUUUCAACUGUACUUGAGAAGUGCCCUGAAAUCAUGUAUUUGGAUAUCAGUGAUUGCAAUAGUAUAUGUAAUCUUGUGGUUGGGUCUGAUUCCCCGAGGUUGGAGGUUCUGCGAGCAAAUGGGCUGGUGCUCCAUAACCAGGCACUAGCAACGAUUGGGAGGAGAUGCUCCCGUUUAAUGGUCCUGGACUUGCAGCGCUGUUUCAAUCUGACGGAUGAAGGGGUGAAGGAGGUCACGGGCCAUUGUAAAGCUUUGAGGGAGAUAAACUUGAGACAUUGCAAAGGUGUAAGCGUUCAUAUCGUACCCUGGUUGGUGUUCUCAAGGCCAUCGCUAAGGAAGAUAACUCCGCCUAAUGGGUUGAAGCUUAGUGAGAACCAGCGGAACUUGUUCCUGCGCCAUGGAUGUCUUGUAUACGAUGGGUGCUUUGUGGGCAAUGAAUUGUUGCCGACGCCAGAAGAAAAUCAAAUAAGAGAGCAGACAUCCACUUGAAGGGAAUUGCAUCUGCUUCUAGCAUUCUGCGGAUCUCAGCACUGUUGAUUCUUCGAGGGAUUGCAUCUUUGUUAGGUUUAUGAUUUGUUAUAUACAGGCGUGAUUCAUAAAAUGUCAAUUGUUACAUUUCUCUUUGCUGCAGCUGUAAUUUGUAGUAUUUAAUGAACAAAAAAUAAGAGAAUAAUUGUUUGUCUAUGUAUAUCCAAUACGAGAAUGAUAUCUGAUGUUGCUUUGCUACCGCUA